AUGAGGUCUACCACCAACUUUGGGCUGCGAUCCCAGGCAACCCGACUCCAAGGAGCGACCAACCGACCGUCUCGCCACCCGUACAGGUCUAGCACCUUCUUUGGACUAUGGCCCCGCUCAAGGGGACUUUGGGUGCACGAAACGAGCGGACAGCCGCACCUAUACGCUACAAUUCCAAGCGACCAGUGA